CGCAGUCCGGGGCGGAGGCGGGAGGGACACCGACGGAAUCGCAUCGAAAGAGAAUCAGAGCGUCGCAGAGAGAGAGGGACCGUCACCGCCACCGUCACCGUCACCACCACCACGACAUCAUCAUCAACAUCAUCAACAUGGAGCCCUGGGCGGAGCUCGGGGCCGAGCGGCAGAUCUUUUACUCGGUGUUACUUUUCUCCUGGGCCGUGUACAUGUGGGAAGCGUACCUCGCCCGACGGCAGCGCAAGACUUACAGAAACACUACAUUGGUCCCAGAGGAGCUGGGGACGAUCAUGGACUCUGAAACCUUUGAGAAAUCUCGCCUCUACCAACUGGACAAAAGUACCUUUGGAUUCUGGUCUGGCCUUUAUUCUGAGACUGAAGGAACGCUGAUUCUGCUGUUGGGAGGAAUCCCUUUGCUAUGGCGAGUGUCUGGACACAUGACUGGGCGCUUUGGGUUUGGCCCUGCAUAUGAGAUAACCCAAUCCUUGGCGUUCCUAUUCCUUGCUACCUUGUUCAGUGCAGUGACUGGUCUACCCUGGAGUCUCUACAAUACGUUUGUCAUUGAGGAGAGGCAUGGCUUCAACCAGCAGACGUUGGGAUUCUUUUUUAAAGAUGCCCUGAAGAAGUUUGCAGUGACUCAGUGUAUUUUACUCCCUGUGACUUCGCUGCUUCUGUACAUCAUCAAAAUCGGUGGAGAUUAUUUCUUUAUCUACGCUUGGCUUUUCACAUUGAUCGUCUCCCUGGUACUGGUGACCAUUUAUGCUGACUACAUCGCACCAUUGUUUGAUAAAUUCACUCCACUUCCUGAAGGGGAACUGAAGGAGAGCAUCGAGAAAAUGGCCAAGAGUAUCAGCUUUCCUCUCACCAAGGUUUACAUAGUAGAGGGAUCGAAAAGAUCGUCGCACAGCAACGCCUACUUCUACGGAUUCUUUAAGAACAAGCGGAUCGUGCUGUUUGACACUCUGCUGGAGGACCACUCUCCGCUAAACAAAGGGGCUGUCGACGAGAACAGCUCUGAUGCCCCCACAGCUGCAGGGGACGGCGGUGAAGCCGAGGCAUCGGAGGCCAAGCUCAAACCCAAAAACAAGCGACAAGGUUGCAACAACCAAGAGGUUCUGGCUGUGCUCGGGCACGAGCUUGGACACUGGAAACUGGGUCACACAGUCAAGAACAUUGUCAUCAGUCAGGUGAAUUCGUUCUUUUGCUUCUUCCUGUUCGCUGUCCUCAUGGACAGAAAGGAACUCUUCUCCGCCUUCGGCUUCUACGACAGCCAGCCCACUCUCAUCGGCUUGAUGAUCAUCUUUCAGUUCAUAUUCUCGCCCUACAACGAGGUGCUGUCGUUUUGCCUGACUGUCCUGAGCAGAAGGUUCGAGUUCCAAGCUGACGCAUUCGCGAAGAACCUGGGAAAAGCGACGGAUCUGUACUCGUCCCUGAUCAAACUGAACAAGGAUAACUUAGGCUUCCCAGUCGCUGACUGGCUGUAUUCCAUGUGGCAUUACUCACACCCUCCUCUCCUGGAGAGACUCCGUGCCUUAAAGGACAAGAAAGAGGACUGAUAAUAUAUUUAAAGUAAAACGAGAGCAGGAAACGGUUUCUCUGGCCUCGGGAGGAAAUCUGACUUUUUUUUUUGAUUAAUUUUAAUUUCUCAUUCCAUUGAGGAUGCAAACUCGCAUCAAGAGAGUGAUAUUGAUGGGCAUUGCGUGAUGAUCUGAAUGCAUUUAGCUUGUGUUACCAGGGAGUGGACCAACUUGUGUUUGAGCAGUGGAGGACUGUUAUCAUACUUGAAGUUGCUGUGUUGUUGUGUUAAGAAUGCAAUAGCACUUGAAGUCGCCCAGACCUAUUUACAAACCCACCUGCCAGGCUCGGUAAUACAGACUGACAGUAACAUAUGCCGUCAGCCACAGAGAAGGAGUGCUUCCCUACAUCCAGCUCGCCUCAGUGUGGCAAUGACACCUGAAAAGAUUCCUCGGAAACUGCUUUGUGCCUGUAGUAUGUUGUGUUAGAAUUAGCGGUAAAUCACGAGUCAAUUUUAAUUUCAUAGCUUGUCUUUUUUGCUAUGCUAUCACUUGCAACUGUGCUGCGUUCCUUGACUUUGUUCCCACCCCAGUCUUUCUCUCUCUCUCUCUCUCUCUGACACAGACGUAACUAAGUCCCUUUAAGUUUUUUGAAGCUGUCCCAUCAACAGAUAAGUCGAAGUGAGCAACGAAACAUAUCCGUAACUCCAAGUUUUACACUAGUUACUACAAUCCUAAGUUUUUUUUUGUUUGAAAUCUGGCACCUGGAAAUUUUUAGCAAAUUACCUUAAGCUUCGAAAAUGGUUCUGCUGCCCUCAUUUUAUGCAAAUAGAUAGCGUGAGUGCAUUUUGUCAUCCACUUCAAUUCUGCUUUGAGCCUGGAUUCUUCUUUCUCGGAGAGAAAAACUCUCAACCUUUUGUUUGUUUAAAUGCCGCUUGCAAAUCAAAAACACAAAGUCAAUUCACUUUAUAUUUUUUACCAAAAAAGACGAGAAGGAAAGCCAGGUUAUACCUUAAAUCAGCAUUGUGAUAAACACACCUUUAUUUAGUGCCUGUGAUGUAACGUGUAUUACUUUUUUUUGAGUUUGUCUUUGUAAAAAAAAGAAGAAAAAAAUUUCAGAUGAAUUUUGUGGAUUUAAAUGAACGUGCACAUUCUGAUAAGCCGAGGACGUAUCCCAGUUCAUCUUCCUCUGUUUAUUUAAAAAAAACCUACCAAACUGCAAAAAUAUUACAAGUGUGAAAUAAAUGGCCUGAAUGGGUGGAGUUUGAGGAACA